AACAUCUCUUUUAGUACCACAGACACAAUGGCUUCUUCAGUGAGCAUGAUGCCCAGUGGCAGUAAGAUUUUCACCACCAUACCUGAUAUUCUCUUCAUUCCAGAGUUUGUGUUUGGUGGAUUGGUGUGGACACUAGUGGCCUCCACCAAAGUGGAUCCAGCAAAUCCUCAGGGCUGGGUCAUGUUUGUGUCCCUUUUCUGCUUCCUUAUCACCACUCUCUGGUUCUUCAUAUUUAUUACUGGCAUAAACCAGAGCAGCAUCUGGCCUAGCCUGGAUGUAGGAUAUCAUACAUUCAGCGCAUUCUUUUAUCUGAGUGCUGCAGUGCUUUUGGCUAAUGUCACUAUCGGAAAACAAGGAGUGGAUAAAGUGUACCAGCUAGACAUUGCUGCUGUGGUGAUGGUGUUUAUUGUCACAUUACUGUACUGGAUUCAUGCAAUCCUCUCUGCUCACCGAUGGAAGUCCUCUUGAACUUUUGAAGUCCAACUGAGAGCCACAAAAGGGAAACACACAUUCAACAGAAAAUCACUGGCAAACAACAGAUGAACCAAAUAACAAACUACAGAUCAACUGAGAUUUUUACUAAAGCUAUGCGUAGAACAGAUUUUAUCUUUUUAUCUUAUUGUUCCAUUUCUGCUGUUUGACAUAACUAAGUGAUUUAAAAUUUAAAUAAUUUUUGCAAGCAGCACAUUACAUAUUAAGUUACUUGUUGUUUCUUGUUGAAUGUACAGUGGUGUAAUGUCAUUAUUGGAUGCUGUUUUUAAAGACUUACCAGAUGAUGUCAUUGUCUGUAAACCUGUAAUAAAAGACAAACUGAUUAUCUCUGCAAAAACACCAUCCUCAAACCAAUAAAGAUAUAUCAGAAACA